AUGGCAAACAUACCUGUUGGUUCUUCUUGCUACUUAUUAAGGUUGAACUGCUCAGAUUCUUUUCACAAGCGUGACACAAGUUCUGUCUCAAGGAGUUUCAGUAUGUCUCAGCAAUCGUGUGAUGCAUUUCCCGUAUCUGACUCAGCAACACCGGAAGAGCCCUCUAACCCUAAUAGGAUUCUGAAGGUUGUACCUUUAAGGACGAUUACCAGUGACGAAGUAAAGGCCACAAAGUCUAAAACGGCACAUGCAAAACGACACAAGGAGGGUAUUCGUAACAAGGGCACCAAACCUUCUUCAUCUAAUACCAUAGAGGAACUUACUAAAGAAGGAACCAGAUAUGUCGAUAAAGCAAUUACCAGGAUUGUUACACACAUUCUGAAGGAAAAUCAUCAAGUGCCUGGGAUAUUUGUCCCUCUUCAAACCAUAAUGCCUGAUCCCAUCAAGAACACUAGUAAGGCUGAAGUUGCUCACACUUCUGGUUGUGACCCAGCAGAAGAGGAGAUCAACAAGGAUGGACAAGGAAUUGCUGAGAAUACCAAUGUUACUGAGGACGUCAAUGACAUCGAAGAUAAUGAGCACACUAAGGUCAAUACUGAAACAGGUACCAAUGUGGUAGACUUAGAUGAGUAUUCUGACAACGAGUUGCCUGCCUCCCUAAAUCCAAGUGUAGCCAACAGGAUAAUGACUAGAAGAAAAGGCAAAGUUGUUUCCCAAAGGUCCCCUAAAAAAAGUGCACAAGUGAAAAGCCCUGUCAAAGACUUCGUCAAGAAGAAGAGUACUUCUGCUGGUCCUAUCAAGAGCAAAGUUGUGGCAAAGAUGGAUGUUCCUGACAUUCCAUCAAGGAAGAAGCCUACAACCAGCAAGCUUGCUGCAAGUAUUCAUGAAGUUCCUAUUGAUAAUGUGUCAUUCCGCUAUGCCUCUAGUGCCAGUAGGUGGAAAUAUGUGCUCCAAAAGAGACUGGAUAUUGAAAGGGAAUUGACUCCAAAUGCUCUUGAGAACAAGGAAGUCUUAGCGCUAAUUCAGGAAGCUAGACUAUUGAAGACUGUUUGCAAUCUUCCCAAGUGUUAUGAGAAGCUGGUCAAAGAAUUUGUGGUGAACCUAUCUGAAGAUUGUGGAAACAACAGGAGUGUGGACUUUAGAAAGGUGUUUGUGAGAGACAACAAAGCUUGUCAAGUGAUCACAACCAAGCAGGUAAAUAGCUGGCCCCUAAAAGAGAAACUAACUGCAAGUAAACUGAGCAUCAAGUAUGCAAUGCUUCACAAGAUAGGAGCAGCUAAUUGGGUACCAACGAAUCACAAGUCCACUAUUUCAACUGUUCUUGGCAGAUUUCUGUAUGUUGUAGGAGCAAAGGCAAAGUUUGACUAUGGAACAUAUAUUUUCGAUCAAACUAUGAAGCAUGCUGGAACCUUCGGUGUUAAGGGUACAAUUGCCUUUCCAUCCCUCCUGUGUGGCAUAAUUCUGACUCAGUAUCCCAACAUUCUCAAUGAGCAUGAUGUAGUAUGCAAAAGAGAAAGCCCAUUGGCUUUCCACUAUAAAUUGUUUCAGGAUACGCAUGUUCCAGACAUUGUCAUGACAUCGGCUGAAACAUCCACGUCUAGAGCAUCAGCCAGCAAAGCAGAAGUCAUAGCAAUGUUAAAAGAGACCUGCAAAGAGCUGGAAGCUAGGAAGAUAUCCCUUGAAAAGAUGAUAAGCACUCUGGAAAUGGAUGAGAAUAAGGAAUUUUCAGAUGCUGUAAAGAUGGAAGAUGAAGAUGAAGGAUAG